CGCCACACUCUGACGUCACGUCCAUGUCUUUUCCGCCAUGUUGGUUUUCCCACUGCAUUGACACCCAGGCAGACUCUUGAAUUUUCACUAGGAGGACACAUUAUUCCUCAAUGAGAGCCACACAACCUACAGAAUCAUGAGCAAGCUAGAUCUCCCUCCAGGGGAUCCACUGGAUCUCCCGCUCUCCAUACUUGAAGUUGGUGUUGCUGGGAGAAUGGAACUGAUCACCGAAAAUCCCAAAUUGAAUGGAUCAUUCUUUCCGCUAUCCACAGUCCCCAAUGGGUUGCCUCCAUAUGAUGUGGAUGUGUCUUUUGAAGUUAUCCAGAAGUAUCUUGGCGAUCCUGAUUGGCUGUCCGUUCAUCACUUUGAUCGGAGCGAGCGGGCCUGGCCUCGAACAAUGAAUAUACAGUCUCUCUAUCACAUGGAUCUGACUGCCCCGCACAUGGAACUCAGUGUGGAACGGAACUCUGCUACUGGAGAAUUACUUGGGAUCAAUGAGGUUUCGGUGAAUCAUGCUGGACUCUCGGCUCAAAAUUCUCUUUCCCUCCGCCGACCCCCUGGCCCUCAUUCCCAGUCUGUCAAAGGAAGCACGUCAAAUUUUCCAUUUUGGCCCGGUGGAAUGGAUGAACCUACUCUUGAGCAGAUGAAGACCAUUGGUGAGGAAGAGGAAUCCUUGGACUUUGAAAAGGAUCUCCUGACUGUUCCUCCUGGAUGGAAACAAGGAAUGAAUUUCAGACCGACAGAUGUUGGGCGCUCCCUGGGGGUUCUACCUCUCACCAGCCUUUUAGGGGCCCUGGAUGAUUUCUCUCUGGGUGACUCCAGCGAGGAUGAGGAGGAAGGGAAAGGCCGUGAUCAGACUGGUAAGGAGGAGAAGAAGGUGGCAUUGCCCAGGAGUGACAGCCUGGAGGAGCUUGGAGUUAUGACCAUUUCUCCUCCGGCCCCCGCUUCCCUGACCCCUCCAGCAGAUGUCACUGUUGAGCACUGGGCUGUACCUCUGAACAGUAAUGAUCCUGUAGCUGAUUUCUAUAAGCUCAUCCCCCAGCUGGCGUUUAAGCACCCUUUCGAGCUGGACCCCUUUCAGAAGAAGGCUGUUCAGUGCCUGGAGGCUGGCUCCUCUGUGUUUAUUGCUGCACAUACAUCAGCUGGCAAGACUGUGGUGGCAGAAUAUGCUAUAGCACUGUCUCUCAAACACAUGACCAGGACUAUUUACACGUCACCCAUCAAAGCUUUAUCCAAUCAGAAGUUUCGAGAUUUCAAGAUAACGUUUGGGGACGUGGGUCUGAUUACUGGUGAUGUACAGCUCUAUACUGGGGCGCCAUGUCUCAUCAUGACAACAGAGAUUCUCCGGUCAAUGCUUUAUAACGGCUCUGAUGUUAUUAGAGAUUUAGAGUGGGUCAUCUUUGAUGAAGUUCAUUACAUCAAUGAUGCAGAGCGCGGGGUUGUGUGGGAAGAGGUUCUGAUAAUGUUACCCGACCACGUGAACAUCAUUCUGCUGAGUGCCACAGUCCCCAAUACCGUGGAGUUUGCAGACUGGAUAGGGAGAAUUAAAAAGAAAAAAAUCUAUGUAAUCAGCACGACACGGAGACCUGUUCCAUUGGAGCAUUAUCUGUACACGGGGAACAGCCAGAAGACACAGAAUCAGUUUUUCCUGCUGCAAGAUGCGUCUGGAGCAUUUCAGACAAAAGGGUACUAUGCUGCAGUUGAAGCCAAGAAAGAAAGGUCAUCAAAGUACUCUCAGACUUUUGGGGCUAGACACCCACAUGGUGGUGGUUCUGGUCAUGAUAAGGGCACGUGGCUGUCUUUGGUGCAGUCUCUGCGGCAGCGUGAUGCUCUCCCUGUGGUAAUAUUUACUUUCUCGCGCUCACGGUGUGAGCAAAACGCUGCUGCGCUGAGCACUUUGGAUCUGUGCAGUACAUCGGAAAAAAGUGAAGUCCAAACCUAUUACACCAAGUGCCUGAGCCGCCUGCGUGGAGGGGACCGUCAGCUGCCCCAGGUACUGUACAUGCUGGACCUCUUGAAAAGGGGCAUCGGCAUCCAUCACAGUGGAAUCCUGCCCAUCCUGAAGGAGGUGGUGGAGAUGUUGUUUAGCCGCGGUCUUGUUAAGAUCCUUUUUGCCACUGAAACCUUCGCUAUGGGAGUCAACAUGCCCGCUCGUACUGUGGUGUUUGACUCCAUAAGAAAACAUGAUGGUUCCGUCUUCCGAGACCUAACGCCAGGAGAGUAUAUACAGAUGGCCGGUCGCGCUGGGCGCCGAGGUCUAGAUACUACAGGCAUGGUGAUAAUAUUGUGUAAAACGGACGUGCCGGAAAUGAGCGAUCUCCACAAGAUGAUGCUGGGCAAGCCCACUCAACUGCACUCUCAGUUUCGUCUGACAUACUCCAUGAUCCUUAAUCUUCUACGAGUUGAAGCUCUGCGGGUGGAAGAUAUGAUGAAAAGGAGUUUUGCUGAAUCAAGGACACAAAAAGACAGCAAAGCACAUGAACAACGAAUAAAGCAUCUAACCAAGUCCCUGGCAGAUAUGGGGGACAUCGAGUGUACAGGCGACCUUGCAGAUCUCCAUGACUACUUUGUGACGGUUCAGGAGCUGAUCCAUACCAGAGAACUCUUGCAGAGAAGGGUGGUCGAGUCUAUUAACGGAAUGAAAUGUUUGAGUGUGGGACGUGUCAUCAUUAUUAGAACAGACUAUCACCAGUGGGUGCCUGGAGUCAUCCUACAGGUAUCAUCCGAUGCCUCAAAUAGGAUCUACACUACCUUGGUUCUAUGUGAGAAGAGGAGAGAUGGAGGAGCAGCCCCAAUAGAAAAGGAAAAAGAUAAGAAAAGUGCUCCUACACCGGAUGAUAUACUGAUUGGCAAAGUAUACAGACCGGAGGGGCCCUGUGAUCACAAACUCCUCAAGCUCCAGCCCGCUGACAUUGUUCUUGUGACCGGGAAAACAUUGCGAGUUAAUGCCGACAAAGUUCUGGAUGAUAUCAGCAGAAGUCAGACCCCUCGCUAUAGGAACGAUCCUCCAGGUCCCGCAGUGUCUGCUGUAACCCAGGAGCUGUCCCGGCUUUCAGAUCUGCCGCCAGGGUCUUUACCUUUCCUCUGUCCCGUCAAUGACCUUCAGCUAAAAGACAUGGAGGUGGUGGAGGCAGUUAGCAGGACUAGAAGAUUAGAAGCAGCAUUAAGAGGGUUCAGCUGCCCCAACAGUCCCAGAUUUAAUUCCCAAUAUCUCCAAGUAGAACAGAGAUCAGAUGUGUUGGAUGAACUGGAUCGACUCCGCUUCCUGACGUCCGAUCAGUCAUUGAGCCUUUUGCCGGAGUAUCAACAGAGAAUCAAAGUUCUACGCACUCUCCAGUAUAUAGAUGAUGGAGGAGCGGUGCAGCUAAAGGGCAGGGUGGCCUGUGAGGUCAGCAGCCAUGAGCUCUUGGUGACCGAGCUGGUCCUGGAUGGAGCUCUGUCUCCCCUCAAUCCAGAGGAAAUCGCUGCUCUGCUCUCAUGCCUGGUCUUCCAGCACAAAACACAAUGUGAGCCUCGGCUGACUGACACACUGAAGGAGGGCAUCAAGAAAGUGCGGUCGUUAGCUGAGCGCUUGGCCGAGGUACAGAGAGAAUGUGGACUACGGGAAUCUGUGGAAGACUAUGUGGCACAAUACAAGUUUGGCUUGACAGAAGUUGUCUAUGAAUGGGCACGUGGCAUGCCAUUCUCCGAGAUCAUGACGCUGACAGACAUCCAGGAAGGCCUUAUCGUGCGUUGUGUUCAGAGACUGGAUGAAGCAUGCCGGGAUGUACGCUCCGCUGCACGGCUGGUAGGCGAUGCUACACUUUGCGCCAAGAUGGAUGCAGCGUCCCAGCUCAUCAAGAGAGACAUCGUCUUCGCUGCCAGCUUGUACACCCAAUAACCUGCACCAAGAGGUCAGUU